UACUGCUAGUCCAACCAACUUCAGCAAUCGUUUCCCACCAGAGCAGAAAGUAGCUUCUCAGUAGCAGAUACUGCCGGCUUUCGAAGCGAUAAAAAGCUAAUUUCCAUAUUUGCACCUGCUGCUUAUAUACGCACCUGGCGGGGCGGCGCCAGCAUUAUGCAAAUAUCUCAAUGCCAAGUUCAUUGGCGUUUUAGUAGUAUUCGAAGCAGAUUGGUCCCUCUAAGCGAGUUCCCAAUUCGUCGGUCACGACGUGAUGUCGUAGUGACCGACUGAAAGGGAACUAUAUUUUGCAAGCACAUUAUAUUAUAUUUUGAACAGAAAUUAACAAUCGCAAAAAAAAAAAAUAGUUUGAGCAAAUAAAAAACGAUUCCGUGCUCAAUAAAUGUAUUUGCUUGUUUGCUAUUAUCCAUAUAUUUACGUGCAGUAAUAACCCGUCUCACGCGCUUCACUCAGGUGCUCUCUCACAAACUUAUUCUCUGCGCUCCUGUCAAGUUCCUCUCUCUCUCUCCCAACCUCUUUCUAUGCGCGCUCAACUCGAUGCACACGCUCGCUCAACUUACAACAGCAUAACAAGUGUGCCACAAAAUCAACCAAUCAGAAAAUUACAGGUCAAUUUUGAUUGGCUGUUGGUCUCCAACCAAAUCGCUAGUAGAACCAAAGCCCAUGCCAAAGCCCGUCUGGUAGAACUACAGCAUCCCGGAAGCUUACUGAAACAAAUCUAAAAAUAACAGCGAGACUAAUGGAUUAAAACACAUUUUGGUAAGUUUUUUUUUUAUUAUUAACUUAAAAGUGCCUUGAUAGUUUUUAUGUAUUAUAAUGCUGUUGUGUUGUUUAACUUACAAUAUUAUAUCUCAUAUUGUGACUAAAGUUAGCUUGACUUAUCCUUUUCAAAGCACAGCUGCAGACAAUGUCAUCAGAACAGCAACCCCUAAAUGUCCCACCACGGCCACAUGUGAGUAGUUUGUAAUAUUUUGUUAUAGGUACUGUGUUUAUUACCUUUAUUUUGUUUGUCUGCAUUCUUGUGCAAACUACAUUUCGUUGCUGACGUUAACCAAUUUAUAUAAAAAAGCAGUAGGCUAACUCCCAGGAUAACUUUAAUUGGCAAACUAAGAGAACAAUAAAGUCUUAACUUUGUUCUUCAUAAUGAUGUAAACGUUAUUUAAACUAUAACCUUACCUAGAAUGCACGUUGCUGCCAGACAUUUCAGAUGUUACAUUGAAAUUGGUCUUGUUGAGACUUAGGGAGGAUGUAUGAGAGUUAUGCAAUUAACAUACAAAGUACAUGUAUUCCAUUAUAUGAGCAUGAAUAGAUAUGUUAAUAGUUACAUUUAGUGACAUUUUGCAUUAUUAGCAGAAUUAAAAUAGUAAUUCAUUUUAAAAGAAACAUGUAUAUAUACAGUACUACCAUGCAAAUGCGCAGUCAAACACAUUACACUUCACGAGUCUCACAACACCUCAGGUCUCCAGUAAAAGUUCAUCUUUAUUAUCAUGGCCUUUAAUGGAAAGAAAGUUUUCACUAGGUGGACAUUUCACUUAAGUUUUCCAGAUUUGAAAAUGCUUUAUAUGCUACUGUAUAAAUUUAUGUCUACUUCAUAAAAAAUAUUUUAUUUUCUUAUGUUACAUUGGUAUGUUGUCUUAGAAUAAACUGAAAUAAAAGUCAUAUAGGUUUUCCCUUGUCUUUAAUUGCAUAUUUGGCAUUGAAGUAAAAGUCCACAACCAUGCUGAUAAUCUACACAUACAUAGCCAAAGUAAACUAUCAUCUGAGAAAUUUUGUUAUAAUCUAAAAAACAUGUUUUUAGACAGCAUGUUCUACAUUUUAUUCUAAAGUUUAAAUACAGAUUCCUAUCUGGCUAUGGCUAGGAUGCUGUAAGGGAUACAAUUAUUACUUUUAUCUACUACAUGUUAUCUUACUGUAUCUCAGUCAUGUACCGGUAGUUUAUUCUCAAAAAUAUAUGCUAACUACUAAUCCCUCUUCUUUGCUAAUCUGAGCACUUUCUGUCUAACAGGACUUGCUGAGACAGCAGUUGAUGGAGAGACUUCUUACCAGACUGCAAUCUGCCAUAAACCAAGUACCACUAAAUUUGGAUUAUUUGGAGUUUCUGACAGCCAUGAGCUUAUUCUAUUUGAAUCGUUCUCUGGGCAGAUAGGCAGUGUAUCAAACAUUACAGAAGCACUACAAAACCUCUAUGAUGUUAUCAAAAGGGAAAUGAAUGCCAGAUCUAUGCCCAUUGUUGAACAGGAAACAGAGGUUGGUCCAGGUUCUGGUCACCCCAAAAUUGUAAUAGAGAAAGAAAAACUAAAGAAUUUGCUGGACACACAUCUGCCAGUCUCCUGCAUUGCAAAAUUGUUGUGUGUUUCAAGGAGAACAAUUUACAGAAGAAUGAAAGAAUUUGGCUUAUCUGUAAGAGGAUCAUACAGCACAGUGACUGACCAAGAGCUUGACAACAUCAUUUCAGCUAUAAAAAGUCAGAUGCCAAAUGCUGGUUAUAGAAUGGUUCAAGGCCAUUUGGUGUCAAUGGGUCACCGCAUUCAGUGGUGGAGAAUGAUGGCCUCCAUGCAUCGGGUUGAUGCUGCAGGGAUCUUCUUACGACUCACAGAACUAGGUUGUGUUGUGCGAAGAAGUUAUUCUGUGCGAGGCCCUCUGUCAUUGGUCCACAUUGACACAAAUCACAAACUGAUCAGAUACAACAUUGUGAUCUUUGGAGGAGUGGACGGCUACUCAAGGAAGAUCUUGUACUUGGAUGCUGCAACAAAUAACAAAGCAUCAACUGCAUUCUCAAUCUUCCUGAGAUCAACCCAGCUUUAUGGCUUACCAUCAAGAGUAAGGGGGGAUCAGGGUGUUGAGAACGUGGACAUUGCACACUUUAUGUUCACCACACGGGGAACAUGAAGAGCCAGCUUUAUCUCGGGAAAGAGUGUCCACAAUCAGAGAAUAGAGCGACUUUGGCGGGAUGUCUGGGUUGCAGUCACUAGCAAGUACCAUGAUGUUCUACACUCUCUCGAGGAAGACGGUCUGCUUGAUAUCUCUGAUGAGGUUCAUCUUUUUGGUGCCCACUACAUAUUUGUCCCUCGACUCAGAGCAGACCUUGAGACCUUCACUGGAGGAUGGAAUAAUCAUCCUCUACGGACAGAGGGAGGUCUCAGUCCUGAACAGCUGUGGUAUAUGGGACAUCAACAAGAUCUAUACGAAGGGGAGAGUCUUGAGGAACUUUAAGAUCCAGGCAUUGAAUGGGAGAGUGCAAUGCUCCAAGGAGAUGCCAACGGUUGUGGUUCCUGAAAUUUUGUGCCCACUAGAUGAUGAAGCCCUGGAAGAACUUCGGAGAACUCUUGAACCUAUGGAACAUUCUCAGUCACAUGGUCGUGACUUGUACACACGAUACUUGCACAUAGUAUCCAACCAACAAUGACAUUUAAACCUGAACUUCUUAGCUGGUUACAAUAUUGCACUUGGCAAAAACAUCCCAUUAUGUUUACCAAUGAACCAGGAAAAAAAGGCACUUAAGGAGAGGCACCCUUUGGGAUGUAUAACUAACAGUAGCAACAGCUGUUACAAGUUCUAUCUAGCUCUAAAAAAAGAAAUACUAAAGAUGUUAUACAACUAGAGGUGAGAAAAGUAAAAGUGCAGAGUUCACCCAUUUUGGGAAGUCCCUAAAUAAAACCCAAAUU